GUUCAAACUGUUGCCAAGUUUACCAGGAGUAACAGUGAGAUGAAGUCUUCAGUGAUCUCGUAUUGUACAGUAAAAAUUACUGUUAUUUAACUGCUGUCAUGUUUGCUGAUAUGGAAUAUGAGGAUUAUGGGAUUGAGCCUAUGGACACAUCAGACACUCUUUGGUACUGGUUCUAUCAAGCGGAAUGUGGCAUUUGGCACAGAAUUGAGGAUGAUCCAAUAAGCUCCCUCACCAGCUCAGAAUUGGAGAGGUAUUACUUGAAAAACCCCCAAGGAGUUUUAGACAUUACCACAGCAGGAGUCCGCUUUCGAAUUAAUUUCUCAGAGCACACGCAGACCAACUUAACAACACGGAAGACAAGAAAAAUAAAGCGCUCUUCUGCUACUGAACGGACUUUAAGAUGUAAAUGUCCUGACCAGGCACCAUCUGUUCCAGCUCACUGGGAAAACAUGGACCCUGAGAAACCUUAUCAGGCUUUUUGUCUGAAGCAGGACACAAACGAGUUUAAGGAAGUGGAGAAAUACAUUCGAGAAAUGGGUAUACUGUAUAAACCCAUUAAAAACAUUUACAGAAUACAGAACGUGGACCUCUGGGAGUUGUACUGUAGGAAAAGAGCACAGCUAAAGAGAAUAAAGGGUCAACCUGACAUUGAAGAACAAAUGUUGUUUCACGGCACGAGCAGAGACAAUGUACAUAGCAUUUGCUUGUACAAUUUUGACUGCAACCUCUCUGACCAGAGAAGGCGAGCUCAUGUACUCGGCAAAGGGACUUACUUUGCAAAACAUGCAUCGUAUGCUGCUAACUACAGUUUGACUGCCAACCCAGGAGUUAAUACCCUCCAAAUAAUGUUCCUGGCACGUGUGACUGUAGGAAAAUAUAAGAAGGGACAGUCCGAUCUCUGCAAACCUGAUGGUGACCAAACAGAGAACAUACAUGACAGUUGUGUGGACAAUGAAAUGUACCCCAGAAUUUUUGUUAUCUUUGACUCCAAUCAGAUAUAUCCAGAGUAUUUGCUCGAGUAUGUUGGUUAAUUUCAUGAGGUAGUUGAGUUAGUCGAGUUAGGUUAGAUGGCACCAACCUGUUCCGUCAAGUGCAUGAUCCCCACACACAAGUGAAAACACGAAAGAAAUUGCAGAAGAAUAACCAAAUAGUAAAUCUACUCACUUACUGGACCCGCGUUCCUGAGCUAGCACUUCACCACAGACCAUAAAUCUUUAUUCUCUCGCUGAAAACAUGCUUCAAGUUCAGCCAUCAAUCAAGACCCUCCCUCCGUAACGAGCUCACCCAAUAGGAACUCAUAAUUGACAUUCACC